GGGGGAUUGUGGGAGAUUACGCGAGCUCCGCGCUGUUUGUUAUACACUGCAAAGCACCGCAGGAUGUUUGCUGAGCGACAGUCACCACUGGGACGAGGAGAAAGAGCGGGUGAGGGGGACCUUAAACUUGGCUGAGGAGAAAGGCGAGAGCGGCGCGUUAUUCUCGAGCACCUCGGGGAGGAGGAUCCAAGGAGAAGAUAAGGAUUAGGCGGCAAAUGUUGCGGGUUCGCACUGACGGGAUGCAACUUCGAAAGAGAACAUUCGCUGUGAAGUUGGAGUUUGACGCCGUCGCAAAGCAGUUUAAAUUGGAUUUGUGGUUCUGAUGUUUGGAUUUUUUUUUUUUUUUUUUUUUUUUUGGAGGAGCUUAACUAAGUGAGCCAAACUGCUUGCUUCUGGGGAAGUGGUAUGAACUUUUUCCCUUUCUGCUUUCAAAUUUGUAGACUUCACAAGUCAGUAGUCGUGACAAUGCUCGACUUUAAAUCCUACAGUAGCAACUAAGAAGAAACAUCUUUUUUUCAGGGAGAGUUUGAGGGAUUAGAAACCCCGAAGACUAUCAGAAAUAUGACCUGUGGAAAAAAUCCAAGCCCUUUCCUGCUGCUGCUCUGUCUCCUCCAUCGCUCUGAGGAGUCCUGCCCAUCUGUGUGCCUCUGUAUAUCUGACUCAGCCAGCUGUAGCUCCAGUGGUCUGACUAAACUACCUCUGCUCCUGCCCUCCUUCUCCGUUACCCUCGACCUCAGCCACAACCAUCUGUCCUGGCUGGGUCCAGGCAGCUUCUACAGGAUGCCCAGACUGGAAAACCUCCGGAUGGCCCACAAUCAGAUCGGCUCUCUGAGUCAUGGCGUGUUUCACAACGCCUCCGGCCUCAGGCACCUUGACCUGUCCUCCAACAAGCUCCAUGUGGUGGAGCAGCACUACUUCCAAGGGCUUUGGAGGCUGGAGGAGCUUCUUCUCUUCAACAAUAAGAUCGCACAGGUGGAGCCCGGCACGAUGAGAGGUCUGAGCAGCUUAAAAAAGGUCUACUUCAGCCUCAACCAGAUCACGCACUUCCCGUUCUUUUCCAUCCAAGACCACACUCAUCCAUUCCUGGCCAUGCUGGACCUCUCGUCCAACCGAAUGUCCCGCCUGCCGUGGGAGGACGUGAAGGCGUUGCCCGGGCUGGUUCAGCGAGGGCUGUAUCUACACAACAACUCUCUGAUCUGCGACUGCUCCAUGUACAGCGUGUUCUGGCACUGGGAUCUCAGGGGUUACGACUCAAUAAGGGACUUCACGGAUGAGCACACCUGCAGCGUUACCGGGGACCCGCGAGCGUCUAUUCGGUUCCUGCGACACAACCGCUUCUUCCGCAACUGCACCGUAGAGGAAGCGGUCUCGGAGCCCGUGACAGUUCUGCUCUCCAGCGUGUUGGUUCCAGAGAGAGAGACGGUGCGUCUAGACUGCCAGACAUCCCUGAACAGCACAGACCUCUCAUUUACAUGGCUCUCUCCCAGCAAGGGGUACAUCACCCAGGCAAACGCAAAUGACACACUAAUCAGUCUAUUUCCUAAUGGCACCUUGGAGAUCCAGGAAGCUAGGGUCAACGACUCAGGUCUGUAUGUGUGCACAGCUGUCGAUAUUAAACAAUCACUGAAUGCAACUCGGGAGGUAAACGUGACGGUGCUGCUGCCUGCGGCCGAGUCGUUCAACACCGGCUACACAACACUGCUAGGCUGUGUAGUGACUCUGGUCCUCAUCCUCAUGUACCUUUACCUGACUCCGUGUCGCUGCAGCUGCUGCAAACAGCCAAAACCUCCAGUCAUCCCCAUCGCAACCUACGACCCCAGCACCCUCACAUCGGUUUUCUGUCCCUCCACAAGAGACCAGUGUAAAAUCCCCACCGACCGGCAUGUAGCAUUCAUUGAGCCAAUGACAAAUGAAGAAGGAAUAGAAUGGACGCCUGUAAGCUGAUGCUGAGCAAAGUUCUAUCUUUUUUUCAAAUGGAAACAGAAGACCUCUGAGAAAAGGAAGAUCCCUUACUCAGGAACUAGUAGCAAGAUGUUAUUUAGGUGUUAACACCGUCAAAGGAUAAAAGAACUUAAUGUUUCUUUCUUGACAGCCGUCUGCAGCAGAACGGCGUCCUGAACAAAAAGAAAAAAGGUAAUAUCUGCUGUUCCAGUCUUGCUCCCUUCUGUCAUAUGGCCAGUAGCGAAAAUUAGUUUCCACAGUGGUUUAUUACCCUCAGUGUACUGACACUGCCAAAUCACAGCAGAGCCGUUAUGGACCCUAUUAACUUUUCUGUGUACUCAGGUACACUAAUGUGCGAUCAGAGAAUGAAUCCGGCUGACAAAGUGUUUGACGCCAAUUCAAGUUCCCACAAAAAUGGCGAAAGUGUGCAAGGACCAUCCUGCACUGCAGGAAGGAAUUUUCGCUAAUGUAUCUUUGAUACAGCACCUUUGAAUUCUUUCCACCUCCUGAAUACGCCUGUUCCCCAUUUUCCUAAUCAGUGCUCAUAGAUCAGCGGUACACUACGCUGAUGUACUUUGAAGGCGAUUGUUCUCGUAUUAUUGCUGCGCAUAAGCUAUAGCUUUCAGCAAACAUUUAAAAAUCUUAUCUAACAGAAAACAGAGGCGCAUCCCCACAGUGAUCCAUCAUACAUAUACAUAUCUGAUACAAACCUGUUGCAUUAAUCUGAGCUCUGCUUAUCUGGCAAACAGUGAAAGUACAGAAAUCGGGAGUGUCAACAAACCGAAAACACACUGAAAUUGGACGGCUCUUCAAAGACGGCGCCGCUUUGAUCAAACACAGCAGAGCACUUUGAACGCUGCAGAACAAACACAACCACUAAAUUUGAACUGAAGUGACAAAUUCUUCAAGCAGCUUUGACGCGAACCCCAAAGGGGAUCUUACUUUGUAUAGCUUUGUUUGUAUUUCAGCACUAACAUGCUUCAAAUGGCAGAAUUAUACACCGAAACAACAGAGAUGAAAGAUGCUGAAGAAGGAGCUGCAUGCAGCGUCAUGGAGGAACAUAAGUGUGUGGGAUGAGAACAUGAAGUUGACGACACGAAAGACCAAAGACAGCAUAUGGGUGGUCGAGGUUCAAGGCGUAUUUAAAGCCUAGUGAGACAGACAGUAUCCUCAAAAGAAACAAAUGAAUUUCUUAGAGUCCACGCAUCUACAGUGUUUUAAAAUUGGACCUUAAUCUUAAUGCAAACAUUUGAUGGGGCUAAAGAUUGCAUCAAGAUUGAAAAGGAUUAAAUGUAAUCCCUCAUAUAAUGUCAGAGCCAAGUCGUCAGUAACUCCACAUCUCAAAAAACAGAGCAUGUCGCUGGAGCAGGGGCCUUUGAUUAUUUCUAAAUCCUUAAUUAAAACUUGACUCCUUUAAAGCCAGAGGAGACCAAUAUUGUUUUGCGACCUGAAUUCAAAUUUGCACACAGAAAAAGGGGCAGAAAACUGAAAGCAAAUGGGCAACCGUGCAUGAAACUGCAGCAAGCUGCGUCUCCAACAGCAAUGAGUUCCAGGACUAUUAAACUCUCAGGGAUUAAGUGAGAAUCUGAUGGACCAAAAGGGCUCCGUAUUGUAAAGAACCACUACAUAUAAUCCCGCUAUUACUGACCUGCAGUAUUUAGCGAAGUUAAGCAAAGGUGAGCAGCAUUUAAAAUCCUACGAUUACACAACAUGCUGCCAUGUGCCCGUGUGAUGUAACGUAGCCAUGUUUUUCAGAGAGAGUGCGCUAGAGACAUUAAAUGGUGUGACAGGUUGGGGUUAGGUUUUAGCAGAUUACCACAGGGAUAAAAACCAGGUGCUUUGUCAAUUUCAGUGUUUUUAAAUCCCUCUAAUCUGGUGCCACUCUCUGACAGAGUGCACACACAGCUGGUUUGGGAUGUAUUGUUUCUGAUAUGAUUAUCAGACAGGUUCAAACAUUGAGGACAUGAUCCACGCAUUUCGUGAGGCUUUUUAUUUCCCGAAAAAGGUCCACAGGUGACCGUGGUUAUGUAAGCUCGCUGCUGAUUUAGGGAAUCAGUGUAGGCAGCAUGUCAGAGUUAGGAUGAGAGAAGUUAGCAUCCUGCUGCCAUUUGGCAUCCAGCUUUUUAUUUUAACCCUGUGACAGCAAGUAAGUACUUCACCGAUAAUGAGAGGCCUCAACAGUGCAUUUUGAAAAUAUAUAUAUAUAUAUAUAUAUAUAUAUAUAUAUAUAUAUAUAUA